AUGGCGACAGCAGCGGCUCGUCCGCUCGUUACAGUUCAGCCGUACGACGAGGCCGGCGCGCCGCAGCAGGCGCCGCUUCCCGCCGUGUUCCUCGCGCCGAUCCGCAGCGAUGUCGUUAAGUUCGUGCACGCCAUGGUUUCGAUGAACAAGCGCCAGCCGUACGCCGUCAGCACCAAGGCCGGCCACCAGACGUCCGCCGAGUCCUGGGGUACCGGUCGCGCCGUGUCGCGUAUUCCGCGUGUUCCCGGCGGCGGUACGCACCGCGCGGGACAAGGAGCCUUCGGUAACAUGUGCCGCGGCGGUCACCUGUUCGCGCCGCUCCGCAUCUGGCGCCGCUGGCACCGCAAGGUCCCCAUCAAGAUGCGCCGCCAUGCGGUCGCCUCCGCCAUUGCCGCCUCCGCCGUGCCCGCGCUCGUCCAGGCGCACGGCCACGCCGUCAGCAAGGCGCCGGAGCUGCCGCUGGUGGUGGGCAACGAGAUCGAGGCGGUCGAGAAGACUUCGUCCGCGCUGAAGGCGCUGAAGCGCAUCGGCGCGUAUGAUGACGUGGCGAAGGUGAUCGCGAGCAAGAAGAUCCGGCCCGGCGUGGGCAAGAUGCGCAACCGGCGGUACCUGAGCAAGAAGGGCCCGCUCAUCGUGUACGGCACCGACGGCGCUAAGCUCACCAAGGCCUUCCGCAACAUCCCCGGUGUUCAGGUCGUGGCGGUCGAGAAGCUGAGCGUGCUCGACCUGGCCCCCGGCGGCCGCGUCGGUCGCUUCGUGAUCUGGACGCAGAGCGCGUUCGACAAGCUCGAGGGGCUCUUCGGGUCGUUCUCGCAGGCGCCCACCAUGAAGCGCGACUUCCUGCUUCCGCGCGCCGCCAUCGUGAACUCCGACAUCACGCGCAUCAUCAACAGCGACGAAGUGCAGAGUGUGUGCCGACCCAAGAGGGCGGCCCCCAAGCCGCUGCACCGUCUGAAGCGCAACCCGCUGAAGAACCGCACAGCCAUGGCCGUGCUCAACCCCUUCGCCGCGGAGAAGCGCAAGCAGGCCGCCGAGGCUGCCGCCCAGCCCAAGGCCAAGAAGGCCCGCGAGACGGAGGAUGCCAAGAAGGCGGGAGCACAGUGGUACCAGACCAUGAUUUCAGACUCGGACUACCUCGAAUUCGAAAACUUCACCAAGUGGCUCGGCGUGUCUGAUGAAGCGAGUUUGUCGCACCGCGAGUUGCGUGGUGUUUGCUCCGCAUACCGUACCUUUUUUGGGGAAGGAAUGGCAGCCCUUACGAGGCUCUCAGGCGGCUUGAUCGCCGCCAGCUUGCUGCAAGGCCGCAGCCAACGCGCUCGCCGGUCGCUUUCCGCUAACCGCGAUCCGUCGUUGUUGUUCACUCAGAUUUCCAGGCGAACGCACCUUCCAGUUCCCUUUCCACGAGCCACCCGGCCUGCUGCUGCCUCUGCCUCGGCCUCUGCUGCCGCUGCUGCUGCUGCGCCGGUCAACGGAUCUGUGACUAUGGAGGGAGUGACUAUGCGCGUUCCGCCUCCCCCGCAUCCCACGUGUGACGUCAUGAUGGCCGUGAGAGCCGCCCUGGAUGAAGACGCGGGCGACCUCGGCGACGUCACGAGUCUGGCGACCAUCCCAGCGGGCACAAAAGCGAGUGCCCAGUUCCUGGCAAAGGAGGGGGGCGUGCUGGCGGGCACUGCGCUCGCCACUGCUGUGUUCCGACUGCUGGAGCCGAGCAUUCAGGUGGAGUGGAGCAAGGAAGAUGGAGACAUGGUGGAGAAGGGCGAGGUGUUUGCCACCGUGCAAGGGUCGGCGCACGCCAUCCUGCAGGGCGAGCGAGUGGCGCUCAACUUCAUGCAGCGGAUGAGCGGCAUUGCCACGUCCACCAGGGCCAUGGUGGAAGCAGCCCGCCCUGCCACAGUGCUAGAGACACGCAAGACCGCCCCGGGACUGAGAAUCACAGACAAGUGGGCGGUGCUGAUAGGAGGGGGGCAGAACCACCGAGUGGGGCUGUACGACAUGCUGCUGGUGAAGGACAACCACAUCGCUGCUGCUGGUGGUGUGCCGGCUGCUAUCAAUGCUGCCAGAGAGUACAUCCGAUCCAACGGCCUGGAUCUCCCGGUGGAGGUGGAGGCGCGCACAUUGGAGGAGCUUCAGGAGGUGCUGAGGUGCCGUGGGGAGGGAGUGGGGCGGGUGACACGGGUGAUGCUGGACAACAUGGUGGUGCUGCGACGAGGGGGAGGGGAUGGUGGAGAGGGAGUGCACGUGGACGUGUCCAUGCUGCAGCAGGCAGUGAACAUGGUGAACGGGCAGCUGGAGACUGAGGCAUCGGGCAAUGUGACCUUAGAGACUGUUGGUGCUAUUGCUGCUACUGGUGUUGAUUUCAUCUCAAGUGGUGCGUUGACCCAUUCUGUUAAAGCGUUAGAUAUCUCUCUCAACAUUGACACAGAGCUUGCACUAGACGUCGUCCCUCCUGGGCUUGAUUCUAAUGACGACCCGCGCCCAAAGGAAGCUUUAGCACGAUGCCUUUCCAAACCGAUACAACAUGAAAGCUUAGAUUAUGAGGUACUUGAGUCUGCAAUUCACGACGAGGACUGGCGCUCAAGAACACGCGUAGAGCACCUCCAGUACACAUUGCUUAAAUGGCUCUUUGUCCUGCUCGUUGGCGCUGCUACGGGAGCCGUUGCUUUUUUCAUAAACAUGGGUGUCGAAAACAUCGCAGGCUUCAAGUAUGAGAUGGUCCGUAAAUACAUGAAGACCGAAAGUUUGCUUGCAGGCUUUUUUAUUCUUGUGUGCUCCGACGUCUCUCUCGUCCUCUUCUCCUCGCUUCUCUGUAAUGUAAUUUCAAUGGAAGCUGCCGGCUCUGGUAUCCCGGACGUCAAAGCGUAUCUCAACGGAGUAGAUGCUCCAAGAAUAUUUGCGGCCAAGACACUGUUCGUCAAGAUUUUCGGAAGUAUAGGCUCUAUUGCUGGUGGUCUUGCUGUGGGGAAGGAAGGUCCGCUUGUUCACACAGGGGCGUGCAUUGCAAACGUUCUUGGUCAAGGUGGCUCUCGGAAGUACCAUCUUACGUGGAAAUGGUUGCGGUACUUCAAGAAUGACAGGGACCGGAGGGAUCUGGUGACAUGUGGUGCUGCAGCAGGCGUUGCUGGUGCCUUUAGAGCUCCUGUGGGUGGUGUGCUCUUCGCCCUGGAAGAAGCAACCUCUUGGUGGCGAAGUGCUCUCCUCUGGCGCGUCUUUUUCACAAAUGCUGUUGUGGCCAUGGUCGUCCGUGCUCUUAUGACCUAUUGUGCCAAUGGACACUGUGGGCUCUACAAUGGUGGAGGGUUUAUAAUAUUUGAUCAUACAGAGGCGAAGACAGAGUUUGGGGUGGUGGAAAUGUUUCCAGUCAUUGGGUUGGGAAUCAUUGGAGGAAUUGCGGGGAGCAUCUUCAACCAGCUUAACCUCUCGCUAUGCAAGUUGAGACAGCAAGGAAGCAGGCGUGGAGUGUGGAAAAUUGUGGAGGCAUGUGCAGUGGCAGCAUUGACAUCCGCGGUUCGAUUCUCUGUGCCAUUCCUGGUCAAGUGCCAGCAAUGCCCGGAUGGAAUUGAAUGCCCCAGCAAGACAGAGAUGGGGUAUUACAAGAGCUUCACUUGUCCCCCAGGGCACUAUAAUGACAUGGCGGGUCUGCUUUUUACACCCAAUGAUGAUUCCAUUCGAAGUCUUCUCAGCAGCGGAACCCAUCAUGCAUUCUCGUACACCUCACUUGGCAUUUAUUUCUGCUGCUUCUACUUCUUGUCCAUCCUCACAUAUGGCAUCACUGUGCCAUCGGGCCUUUUUGUGCCUGCAAUUGUCUGUGGCGCAACGUAUGGUCGCGUGGUUGGAAGAAUCAUGUCUAACUAUGCACCUGCCGACAACCUGGACGAGGGAACGUACGCACUUAUUGGCACAGCAUCUUUCCUCGGGGGGUCUAUGAGGACAACCGUCUCCCUCUGUGUGAUUCUCCUGGAGUUGACUGGAAGCCUAAAGCUUCUCCCACUUAUCAUGAUUGUGCUGCUGGUUUCGAAGACGGUCGGUGACAUGUUCAACAGUGGGAUUUACGAUGCGCACAACCAGCUGAAGGGGAUACCAUAUCUGGAGGCUCAUCCAGAGGAGGCAAUGCGGCACUACACUGCCAAGGACAUUCUAGUCUCAGAGCCAGUGAAGUUUUCAGGCGUGGAGAGUGUGGAGCGGAUCUAUGAUACACUUCGUACUACAAACCACAACUCUUUCCCAGUCAUUGACACCCAUGAAGAUGGCUCAACAUCGUUCUAUGGACUUGUCUUGAGAGGUCAUCUCUUGGUGCUGCUGCGGUCAAAGCAGAGCUUUCUGCUCCAUCCACAUCAAGUUUCUGAGACUGUCCAAAAGCACCUUGCAGCAGAGGAUUUCGGUAAGCCAGGAUCAGGGAAGGGGCUGAAGGUGGAAGACAUUCAACUGAGUGAAGAGGAACUUGGAAUGUUCCUAGACUUGCAUCCUCUAGCCAACAGAUCUCCAUACAUUGUGCCUGAGCGCAUGUCUCUCAACAAGGCAUACAUGCUCUUCAGACAGCUGGGCCUUCGUCAUCUUUGUGUGGUUCCCAAGCCGACUCACGUUCUGGGCAUCAUAACCCGCAAGGAUCUGCUGCCUCAGAAUUUCAGUGAGCGGAAUGUGUCUCAGACGUCAUUAGUCUAG